UUCCAGGGCUCGGCCAUCUGCGUCUACACCAUGGCCGACAUCCGCCGGGCGUUCCUGGGCCCCUUCGCACACAAGGAGGGUCCCAACUACCAGUGGGUGUCGUACCAAGGGCGCGUGCCAUACCCCCGUCCGGGCAUGUGCCCCAGCAAAACCUUCGGCACCUUCGGCUCCACCAAGGACUUCCCGGAUGAGGUGAUCCAGUUUGCCCGGCACCACCCGCUGAUGUACAACCCGGUGCUGCCCCACGGCCAGCGCCCCCUCUUCCUACAAGCUGCCGUGGCCUACACCUUCACCCGCAUCGCCCAACAGCUCUACGCUGGCUCGACCACGGCGCUGGCCCAGCUGCCCCUGCACCGCUGCGGUGCCUACGGCAAAGCCUGCGCCGAGUGCUGCCUGGCCCGGGACCCAUAUUGUGCCUGGGAUGGCACCGCCUGCACCCGCUACGUGCCCAACACCAAGAGGCGUUUUCGCCGGCAGGACGUCCGCAACGGUGACCCCAACCUGCUCUGCUCCGAAGACCCGCGGCGGGGCAGCGUACCCCAGAAGCAGCUCUACGGGGUGGAGGGCAGCACCGCCUUCCUGGAGUGCAUCCCCAAAUCCCUGCAAGCCCAUGUCCUCUGGACCUACCAGCACACCCCAGAUGACCCACAGCGAGAGGGAUGA